AUGGCCCCUUCCGAUGAACUCGAGUACUUGAAGAGUCUUGUCGCACAGCUGAACGACAAGAUCCACGCGUUGGAGGAGAAGGCGAAGGCAGCUGUGUCAGCGUCUAAAACCCCCGCCCAGCAGCUUCGCACCAUUCUCAUUGGGCCUCCCGGUGCCGGCAAGGGGACCCAGGCACCCAAAAUACGAGAUGAGUUCUGCGUAUGCCAUCUCGCCACGGGUGACCUUCUCCGCGAGCAGAUCUCAAAACAGACCGAACUCGGCAAGAUGGCGAAGAAAGUCAUGGAUGCAGGAGAACUUGUCAGCGACGAGAUAAUGGUCAACAUGAUCAAAGACCAGCUAGAGAACAACAAGGCUUGCAAGAACGGCUUCGUCUUGGACGGGUUCCCUCGGACAAUCCCUCAAGCUGAAAAAUUGGACACUAUGUUGCAGAGUCGCGGCGAAAAACUGGACAGCGUCGUGCAGCUCGUCAUCCCUGACCAACUGCUUAUCUCUAGAAUUACCGGUCGCUUGGUUCACCCUGGUAGUGGCAGAACCUACCACAAGGAGUUCCAGCCGCCGAGGAAACCUAUGACGGAUGACGUCACCGGCGAACCUCUCAUCCAGCGUUCCGACGACAAUGUCGAGACGCUCACGAAGCGUCUGGCAACGUACCACAAGCAGACUGGCCCGGUAGUCGACUACUACAAAAACAAGAGUUUGUGGACCGGCAUCGAUGCCGCCCAGAGUCCUAACCUCGUAUGGGAAAACCUUCGCAAAGUCUUCACGCAAGGUCCACCAAAGUCAUCGUAG